GUCCAUUGAUCAUUGGAUGACAGAAAGAGAAUGAGCAGUCCACUUUGUCAACAAAAAUAUAUUUAAGGAGUGUUUAUGAUUCAUUAUUCACUAGGUCAACUUUGGCCAAUGUGUUUUGUGUUUUGCUGAAUAAGUAUACGCUAUUUCCGUUGACCUGCAAUGAUCAUGUUGAACCUUUUCACACGGUGUGGUUUGUAGUCAUGGCUGGUGUUGACCACGCCUACCAGUAUUCAGUCGAGGUGAAGAGCAGGUUCUCACUAUUUCUGGAUGAUACCUUGAAUAGUGAGGACCCGGAUAUCCUGCUAUCCAAAUUGCAAACCAAACGAGCAGAGAAAACUAAGAAGGAGAAGUCUCAUGCUCAGCCACAGCAACAACAGCAGGCUACACCUGCCAAGGUUGAAACGGUAGUCAAGAGCGAGGCGAGAGCUGAUACAACAGUCCCGAAAGCUGCCCCCCGAUCUCCAAAGUCUCCAAGUGCCACAGAUCUACCACCGGUGUCAUCAGAGGAUGCACAGAACUACGCAGUGAAGGAGACAGAGGAACUGACCAGUACUUUCGUUCGUGGCCGCGGAUCAGGCAGAGGAGCGCCGCGUGGGAUGCGCGGAGGCAGAGGUCAGGGUCCACGGAUGGCUCCAACGGAGCCACCCCUUGACUUGGCAGGCGAUGUGAAUGCGCCCAGAGGGUCUGGUUUUGAAUCAAGAGGACGUGGAAGAGGCCGAGGAAGAGGAAUGUUUGGUCGCGGACGUGGUAUGCCGUUCAACUCAAAUCGGGAUUUCGACCAUCAGAGUGGUCCUGAUCGCCAAGGUCCGAGACAGUAUGGUAGGAGAGAUGGGAACUGGAACCCACAGGAAAUGGAUGCUCAGGCAGCACCCGAGAGUGGUGAUACAGAAGAAGCUGUACGUUGGGAAGAGAACCAUACUGAAGUAGCCGAACAGUUGGAUAGCGCCCCAGUGGAGACUGAAGAGGCUACAGACGGCGUUGUGGAAGCACCUGUUGAAGAGGAACCUAAAAGCUACACGCUGGAAGAGUACAAGGCUAUGCGCCAGUCUGCUAAGCCGGCAGUUAUCAUAAACAACAAGAAUCUCCGUAAGGCCAAUGACGGCAAAGAUGUGUUCGCAAACAUGGUGGCUCACAGGAAAGUACAGGAGGUUCAUGAGGAUGGUGAUGAGGUCGAAGAGAAGGAAAACGAGCCUGAGGCACAACAGCCGAUAGAUAUUGACUUCUCGUUCACAGACGAGUUUGCAGGUCGUAGAAGAGGCGGUCGAGGAUUUGAGAAUAGAGGGUUUGAUCGCGGACGUGGUGGUGCACGAGGUGCAAGACCAAGAGGCGAACGUGGAGGUCGUGGAAGAGGUCAGCUAAGGGGUGACGGACGAGGCCGUGGGUUUGGUCGCGUUUUGCCCAAUGAGGAUUACAUUCCGCCUCCAGCUAUAUACAGUGACCAGGAGUUUCCUUCCUUGAAAUAAAUUUUCAAAACACAAGUGAAGCAGAUUUUUGGAUUAGAAGUAUUCUCCCUUGUCAACAUUUGGUUCCCUGAAGGCUAUUAGCAUUGGUCUUUACUUAUUCAUGCUCAUCUUCUCCCCCCUUUAAAUAUUCAGCUUUGUAAUCUAGUUCCUUGUAAAAGCAGUUCAAAGACUGAAUUUGUAAUUAUUAUGGCUGUGUGCUGCUUGAGAUCUGAUUGCAAAGCUUUGUACAUGAAUGUUUUGCCAGUGUCACAGUUUCGCGGUUGACAUGACCAAUCGCCUUCAAUAAACCUUGACAAGAGUACUCUUUGGCUUCUCAAAGGACUAGUUGCUACUGUACUUAGUCUGUUUGUGGACCUUAUCGUAUCCCAAUCAGUGGGCGGG